AUGAAGCAGACCAUUCAAGACUCUUUCCACGGUGCGUCCACCCGGAGGACAUACUCAACGUACCAGCGCCAGUUCGAGGCGUUCUGUGCGCACCACAAGAACGGCCUGAACCCCAACGCUGCCACGCCGGAGGACUGCACGGACUUCCUGCAUCAUUUAUACAGCAAGGGAAGAAAAGCCCGCACUGUUGACUCGGCAAAAACUGCGCUGGUAUCGUUCUUCAAAGAGAGCUCCAUCUCCCCAAACCCAGCACAGGACAUGCAUGCGAAGCGCUAUGUUAUUGGGUUACAGAAGUACAACCGGCAGAACAACGUCGACGACGAGCAAAAGGCGCACCCAUUGACUGUCCGCGAGAUGUCCACAUUGAUCAACUUGUUUGCCAACCACAAUCCUUUUGUUGCUUCCAUGUUCCAGCUUCUGCUGCUGCGAUGGCACAAGAAAGCAAGUGUGGAAAAGGAGUGUCAAGUAUACCACUUGGUCGACGAAGUGUCUUACCCAUGUCUUCGAAUUUGCACGCUGUAUGAAGGUUACCUCGACAAAGUCCGCCAGACGCAAGUCAACGUGUCUCAAGUGGCGUGCGUGUUCCCAUCUUUGUCCAACCAGUAUGACAGUGUUCGUGUGGACUGGUUCAAGCCUCUGGAUCAAAACUACGUCCGACGCCUUCUCCAAGACUUGGUUCAUGCGUCACCAAGCCUCCCGAUUGGAAUAUCAUUACACAGCGUGCGGAGAGGUGGCUGCUUUUACAAAGUGUUUGAGUCCCCGGAGCGGAAAUUCAACUUCCGUGAGUUAAUGGCAUGGUGCCGUUGGACGGACGCGAAGACGUGUUGUGAGUACUUGGUGACAAGGAGCAUCAGUGAUGGCAUUGACCCACGAAACAUGUUACGGAAGGUGAAUAGUACUGGACAUGGUGUCGUGCAUGCCGGUAUUGGCACUAGUGGGCUGACGUUUGACAGCAUUGUGGAGGCUGUGAAGAAAGGCAUGGGCAUUGAGCAGCCGAAACCUGUGCUGCCACCUGCUCGACAGCGACAACUGUCACUUCGUGAGUGCGUGGUGACCAAGAGCAUUCCAACGGCACGAUCUGGAAGAGACGCUUGGGAUCAAUGGUUUACUGCCUGCCCCAAGAGCGGUUUGUUUUGCGCGAUCAAGGACUUUACAAAGGACAUGAUCAAGUGCGAUCGGCGAAAGAUUCAUGCCCAAUAG